AUGUCGUCCGACAAAACCUCGGCGUCGGCCAAAUCCGCGGGGUCGUCCAAACCCUCGGGAUCGUCAUCGUCACCGUCAUCGUCGUCCGACAAGAUCGGCCUGUCAGGGUCCUCCCCAACCUCUUCUUCCGCAUCUGCCACCACCACCCCCGUUACCCCAAAUCCCAAGAUUAACGAUAAAGGGAAAAAGCGAAAGAUCUCAGUCGAAGCGACAAGCAGCAACGAAACGCUUGAUGUGGAUGACAGCCCGGGGUUCAAGAAAAUCAAACCCCUCCAGAUCUCCACUGAGCCCUGUAAAGAGGAGUACAAGUGGACUGUACCGAUGACCCAGUUGGCACGCAACCGAGAGAAGGAGCAGCGAAAAAAGCGACAGGAGGGGAAGGAAAAGUGA